CAUCCAGGCGUCAAGGCGCGGUGCUGAAAGAGUUAAUCAAAUGUGGAAUAGAGCGCUGAGCUUCCAUGGAUCCACCUUCAGAGAGAUGCACACAGCUGACAGGGAAACACGGGUAGUCUGUCCGAAUGGGCUCUCUGCAUACUUGUUGAUCUUCGGGCGAAGCACUGGUGCGAUAUGCGGAGCAGGACACCGGCGGGUAGGCAGUAGAUCUUGCUUAGGAUCUUUCUGCCAUGUCGGAGGCAGAGGAGGGGGAAAUGGAUUGGUUUAGACCCUGGCAAAAGUAAACCAAUAACGACGCAUUCUUUUUUUUAAAUGCUACUGCUUCAUCUUCGUUUGUGCCAGCGAAUUGAUUGUUCACAGAGCCGUACGUGCUGGGUUGAUUCAGUGCAGGAUGACAACAACAACUCCCUACGAUAAAAUAAUGACAGAAAACAGGACCAGCUGUAGUCCGUAGCCCUGGAUGUUUGCCUGAUUCCUCAACCCAAAGUCAUCAUGGAGAAAUCCUUGGCAGAGCUAAGUAAAGCUGGCUCCCGCUCAACUUCAUUGCUGCCACCUGAACCGGUGGACAUCAUUCGCAGCAAGUCAUGUUUUCGUAGAGUAAGGCUGAAUGUGGGGGGUCUCCCACAUGAGGUCUUGUGGCGAACGUUAGAUAGGUUACCACGAACACGUUUGGGGAAGUUGAGAGAUUGUAACGCCCAUGAAUCUCUGAUGGAAGUGUGCGAUGACUACAACCUUGAGGAGAAUGAGUACUUUUUUGACCGACAUCCAGGGGCGUUUACGUCAAUUCUGAACUUCUACCGCACAGGUAAACUGCACAUGAUGGAAGAAAUGUGUGCCCUGUCGUUCAGUCAAGAACUCGACUACUGGGGCAUUGACGAGAUCUACCUGGAGUCGUGUUGCCAGGCGAGAUACCACCAGAAAAAGGAGCAAAUGAAUGAAGAGCUCAAACGAGAGGCCGACAAUAUGAAAGACAUAGAGGGAGAAGAAUUUGACAACACUUGCUGUGCCGAAAAAAGAAAGAAACUUUGGGACCUUCUGGAAAAGCCUGGCUCAUCUAUUGCAGCAAAGGUCCUGGCCAUCAUUUCCAUCCUCUUCAUCGUGCUAUCCACCAUUGCCUUGUCUCUGAACACCCUUCCAGAGCUGCAGGACACAGAUGAGUUUGGCCAGUCCUCAGACAACCCACAACUGGCACACGUGGAAGCUGUAUGUAUUGCCUGGUUUACCAUGGAGUACCUGCUUCGCUUUCUCUCCUCACCCAACAAGUGGAAGUUCUUUAAGGGUCCUCUGAAUGUCAUUGAUCUGCUGGCCAUCUUGCCCUACUAUGUCACCAUUUUCCUGACAGAAUCCAACAAGAGUGUACUUCAAUUUCAGAAUGUCCGCCGUGUGGUUCAAAUUUUUCGGAUCAUGCGUAUCCUGCGUAUUCUGAAGCUGGCUCGUCACUCCACAGGCCUUCAGUCUUUGGGCUUCACUCUUAGGAGGAGUUACAAUGAGCUGGGUCUACUCAUUCUUUUCCUGGCCAUGGGUAUCAUGAUCUUCUCCAGUCUGGUGUUCUUUGCUGAGAAGGAUGAGGAAGACACAAAGUUUAAAAGCAUUCCAGCUUCUUUUUGGUGGGCUACUAUUACCAUGACCACAGUUGGCUAUGGCGAUAUCUACCCAAAAACCCUACUGGGAAAGAUAGUGGGGGGUUUAUGCUGCAUAGCUGGAGUACUUGUGAUUGCUCUACCUAUUCCCAUUAUUGUAAAUAACUUCUCUGAAUUCUACAAAGAGCAGAAGAGGCAGGAAAAAGCACUUAAACGACGAGAGGCCCUAGAUAGGGCAAAGAGAAAUGGUAGCAUUGUCUCAAUGAACUUGAAAGAGGCAUUUGCUCGUAGUGCAGAACUGAUGGAUGUAGUUGUAGAGAAGAGUGAGAGGCCUCAUGACAACCAUUUCUCUCCAAGCCGUUGGAAAUGGACCCCCAAGAGAGCUGCAUCAGAGACAAGCUCAAACCGUUCCUUCAAUGCCCAGGAAUUAGGCUCUCCCAGUAAGGCCAGAGACACCAGUCCCCAGAGGCUAAAUGUUCAGAAGUUAGAGGAGAUGUACAACCACAUGGCCAAGACACAAUCUCAGCCAAACCUUAAUGCUAAAGACAGGGGCUCCAGAGUUGGCAAACAGAGGGAUGAGAUAGAGCUGGGGGCCAUCCAAGAUCAUAGGCCCCCGGUGCUCGGAACCAGAGAAGGAGUGGGGGACAUGAAAAGCUUGUCCAGUAUUGACAGCUACAUCAGUUGUGCUACAGACUUCCAGGAGAAUCCACGCUUCACCCAUAGUCCAGCCAUGGACCUUGGUCUUCAGGAAAGCAACCGGUUCUCCCACAGUCUGGCUACAGCUUUGUCCCAGCACGGCAGUGCAAAAACAGGCCAGCAAACCACGGGGGAGCGUGAGCCCAUGCUGACUCCUGUGUCUAUCACAAAGCCCUCGUGCUCAGAGAAUGCACGGAGAUUCUUUUUUUCUGGCAACUCCUCAAAAAGCCUUAUCCCCAAAGGAGGCUGGCGCAACGAUGGGGGGUCAGGCCCACCUACGCUCUCAGACAGCUCAGUCAUAUCAGACCACUCUUUGUUAAGCCCAGAAGUUUCUGUCUAUACUACUGCCAGCAGCAGAACCCCACCGAAGUCCCCAGACAGCACCACCCUAGCCGCAACUGUCUUCACCUUCCAUGACUCCUCCAUCAGCAAAUACAUUGAUGCUGACACUGAUGAUGAUGAGCACAACCGCGACAUCUCUGACGCCAGUCCCUCAGAGCGUCUUUUGGCGGGUUCAAGCCCAAAACGCAGCAUCAACAUCAAUUACCAGAAAGGUGUCAACCAUUUUGAAGCAGCCCAAAAAAUGCUGGGCCAAAACUGUAUGUUUCCCAUUGAAGGGAUUCGUGGGGUAGCUCAUGAGAAUCAUGUAGGAGCUGAAUUGGCACGUAGACCAAAGGUUGAGAGGGGACGUCAAAAUACUUUAGAUAAAAGCCUUUGAGGUACAAGUGCAGCAGACGUAAACAGGAAGCUGGAGCCAGAGUGCUUGUGAUGGAGACACUAGACAGACUAAAACACUCUUUAAGCCAGAGACAAAGCAAGAGGAAGACACAAAGGGUCUCACUAAAACAUUUGACAAUUUAGCUGAGCAUGUCAUUGGGCAAUAAGCUCAUGAUCAAUAUGUGUGGUGAGUACUCUGGGAGAAAAAACACUUAAAAUGGAGAAUGUCACUGCCCCUCCUUCAACUCAUUCCUAUUAGUGAUAUUACACAAAACAAAAGAGCACUCCCAGGUAGCCAACGGGUCUGUUAAGAGAUCCCUGUGUAAGCAGAUUCAAAUUGAUUUGAAUGUGCACAUUGGUGUAACUAAACUGAAUGAUGAUUUUAGCGGCAGGGGGAUAUCUCUAAACUCUCCAGGAAAAAAUAUCCUUGCUGCCAACUAUCCAAUUACUGAGUUCCAUUUCAUUUUGUAGUCUUGGAGAAACAGGAGAGGAUCUAGAAGCCAAUAAGCUACUUACUCGUGCCCUCCAUUCCCAAAACCGGCCUUAGUCAUUUACAUUUGUAGGGGUGUGCACGUCUGAAUAAACUGUGCAUGUGUGUGAGUGAGAAUGAAUGUUGAUGGGUGAUCUAAUGGUAAUUCAUGUAUACACACUCUUGAGAUUGUCUUACCUGAUUUAUUUUUAUAUAGAUAAGAAAUAUGUGAUUUGCUAGUCUGCUGUGUCAUACUCAUACGUGAAGAGUAAUCCUGUAUAAGGUUUAAUGUCUUGGCAUAGGCUGCAGUUAUCAGAGGCUCCGGCCCAUCCUCCAUUAUAUGAGAGCUCUUUCUCGAACAGUAUUUUGCCAGCCCCUAUGUUAUCAUGUCACAAUGAGAUUUGUGUCAUGGAGGAUACUCUCAUAUCUUGACCAGUGAAUUUUGUCUUAGCACCUCAGUGUCAUUUUUAAGGGAUGGUAGAGGUAGUGGACCAAGAAUAUUUGUUAUGACAUAAGAGCCAGUAAUAAACAGCUUGAUUGCUGCAUAAAGUGCACAUUUACAAAGCUUGCAUUCACCCAUGCGAUCAACGUAUGAAAACAUGAGACAC